AUGUUCUAUUACUGGAACUGUCUGCUUCUACUCGUUUCUGGCUUGGUUUUACCUUUCGCGGGAAACCCGCAGCCUCGAUUUCUAGCUACCGUACUAUUGCUUACAGCGAUAUUGGGGCUGGCUCUGCUUCAGUACCAUCUAUGGACGGUGCCAGAAGCAUGGUAUAUGCUUUCUGCAGUAUAUUUUUUGAUGAACCUGGCAGUCAUUGCAAUGUCACCAGCACAAAUUCUCCUGUUGUUCUUUAUGGAACCUACGGAGAAGCCCGUGCCAGGUAUUUCUGAGCUUUAUAGGUGCUCUAAAGAGGAUGAAAUUGUCGCAGACAUUGUGGCUGUACAUGGCCUGGGCUCGAACCCCAAAUGGGCCUGGAACUACGACUUAGGAGAAGGCAAAACGUGCAUGUGGUUAAAGGAUUUGCUACCAGAGGACCUACCGAAUACGCGCAUCAUGGCCUUCAAUCACAACUCAAAGUGGGACAUUGAUGCAUCUGUCAAAUCAAUCGAGGCGCGCGGUCAAGAACUUUUGGACAACUUAAAGAGGUGCCGGCAAUCGCCAAAGGAAGAAGAGCGCAAAAUAAUUUUUGUUGGGCAUAGUUUUGGGGGAAUUAUUAUAAAACAGGCGUUAGUUCUUGCUAGUAGAUCAACUCUUGACGACGACAGAUAUAAACCUCUGAAAGAUUCUACAGCUAGUAUUAUCUUCUUAGGGGUGCCUCAUGAUGGCUCAAGACUUACUCCGGCCGGGAAGUUGAUGGCUUACGCUACUUAUUGGCUGGGUUCCAGUACGGCACUUCUCGAACUUUUAGAGCCUAGGUCAGAUGUUCUUCACAAGUUAAACGACUCGUUUCUCUCGGUGUUUGAAAUGAAAAAACUAGUAAACUUUUACGAACGCCACAAAACAAAAAAAUGGGGCAUCCCUUUAUUACUGGCUGUAGACGAGAAGUCCGGUUCUUUGUCAGGAGCAACGAACAUUGUGCUCGAGGCUGAUCAUGUGGGAAUGAAUAAGUUUAAAUCUUCGGAAGAUAAUAAUUAUAAAUAUGUACUGUGUGAAAUGGCGACUGCCGUGAAAGGAUUGCGAGGAUACUCCGAAGCAGAUUCCCAAGCACUUCUAAGAUCAUUGGCCUUCAAAGGAAUGAAUAAUCGUAUACACGUGAUUGCCGAAAAUCACAAGGAAACAUUGAAUUGGAUUUGGUCCGAAGACAGCUUUCUUAGAUGGAAGGAGAAGAACUCUGGUGUGUUCUGGGUGACUGGAAAACCUGGAAGCGGCAAAUCGACCCUCUUGAAACAUGUUUUUAAUGAACAGAAAAAAGACUCCUCUGCUGUCUUUGCGGGGUUCUUCUUCAAUGAUCGUGGAGGAGGAGGGCUUGUAAACUCCUUCAAAGGUUUUCUCCAGGCCAUUUUACACCAGAUUCUUUCACAGAUGCCGGUACCCAGUAUAUAUCGAUGUUUGAUCCCCUUAUACAAGAAGCAGCUGGAGGAAGAAAAAUCUCAAGAAGGAUUCGAAUGGCCUAUACCAACUCUCCGCAAAUGCCUUCUUGAGAUAUUGGGUGGCACCACCGAAUCACCAAUUUAUAUCUUCAUCGAUGCCCUUGAUGAAUGUGAGGUAAAUCCACGAGAAAGGCUUAGCGACGAAUACUCGAUGCUUGCAUUUCUGGAGGAUAUUUGCCGUUUCAGGCACAGCAAUGAUCAUGAACUCAGAAUUUUUGUUACGAGUCGUUACGACGGACGCAUAAAUACGAUGAUGGAAAGGAUAAAUGGGGCCGGCAAGGGAUAUCUUGGCUCGAUAAGGCUUGAAAAAUUAAGUGGCAAAGACAUGGAGACAUACGUAUCCGAUCAAGUCUUAACACUUAAGCUUCCGGAGCGUUUCCAGGAGGUGGUUCGGGAGGAACUACUUUCUCGCGCACAAGGAGUCUUUCUUUGGGUUAGACUUGUUAUCUAUGAUCUUCGGGGGUGCGCACAAUACUUGGACAGUGCUGAUGAGAUUAAAAAGGUACUAGAUUCGAUACCUGAUGAACUGGACGAUCUUUAUAGUCGUUUGUUGAUGAAGGUCGGGAGUAAUCUGCUCCAUAAAACAGAAACCAUGCUACGUUGGGUGCUUUUUGCAAAAAGACCAUUAACUCUUGAAGAGUUUGGAUAUGCCAUCGCAAUCCGCAGCUUUGAGCGCCAGUUUUCAUCAAUUGAAGACAUAGAAGCUUGGAUACCACCCUCUCAAUCGCAAGAGACAAUUAAAUCCACUAUCCAAACCCUCUCAGGGGGACUGUUGGAAAUAGUGUCCAGACAUGAAAACCAGGGUGGCGGCUCUCUUGUUCAACUCAUCCACCAGUCCGCAAGAGAAUUUCUCAUUAGCAGACCCAGGAUGGUAAGCGGUGUUGAAAUGCGGUUGGCCAAGUCCAUAAGUAAUGCACACAUUACCGAUGUUUGCAUCUCAUAUCUCAAACUCUCUCGACCGUGCCAACAAUCGAAUGAUAAGCACAGGGGGAUCGAUUCAUUCAUUUCAUAUGCGGGACAACACUGGCCGGCACAUUUACAUGAUGCCUCUUCCAGCGGAUAUCUAUCAACUUAUAGCGACGCAGAGUCUAAAGAGGAGAUGGAAAUGGAGCCUAAGCGAACAUUCCUAAACGCGCAGAAUUUUAUCUUCUCAAGGUCUGCAAGUUUCUGGAUUAGCGCGUUUCAAUACGGCCGCAAUCCUGUAGAGAUAGCCUACGAAGAAAAGUUUCAUCGAAUUAUCAAAAAUGGAAUGGAGAGAAAGUUCAAGUUUGACCUGCCCGAUUAUGAUGUGGAAGUUCUCGAGGGAGCUGUCGCCUUGGGCUACGAGGAAAUAGUACGGGAAGUUUUGUUGAAGAGCGAGAAAGACCCUAAUGUCCUCAAGCCGCAUAGUGACAGAUACUGGGCAGCUUUGUAUACUGCGACUAUCAAAGGCUACGAGGGGAUAGUUCAACUGCUCAUGCAACAUAAAGCCAACGUCAAAGCCCAUUGCGGAGAAUGCGGAAAUGCCCUGUACGAUGCAAAGAUUAAAGGCCUCGAGAGAAUGACCCGCAUACUUAUCAAAAACGGUGCAAACUUCCAUCCUCAGCCUAAAGGCACCGAAUACCGUAGGGCUCUAUAUUCUACCAAGUAUCUCCGCGAUCUUUCCAUGUUAAGGUUUCUAGUUGAGAACGGAGCCGAUGUCAAUCCCCAGUACCGCAUAUACCGUAAUAGGACGUCAAUUUCAAAAUCACACAAUAUUCCGCCCCAGGAGCAUCUGAGCUCACCUCAAAUGGAAUUAAGCGUAUUGCAAAAUGCAAUAUGGGAGAAUUCGACAGUAGACGCCGUGAAAAUCCUUAUCGAUGGCGGAGCUGAUAUCAAUGCCCCAGAUGGCAUCUUGGGAAAUGCUUUAACCAUUGCAGUGAAAAAGUUAAAUUUGGAAAUAGUACAGCUUUUGGUAGAAAACGGUGUCAACAUCGAUGCACAAGGGGGAGAGUACGGUAAUGCAUUACAAGCCGCAUCAACAAAGGGUAUGGAGAUUGUGAAAUAUCUUGUUGAGAAUGGGGCCAACAUCAAAGUCAAGGGUGGCAAAUACGGAGGCGCCCUACAAGCCGCGGCAUAUCACCAAAACUGGGACGUAGUGAGGUUUUUAGUCCAAAAUGGUGCCGAUAUCAACGCGAGCGGUCCUUAUGGGAGCAUUUUACAGAUCGCUGCAUACCGAAACGACAAGAAAACGUUCGAAUUCUUAAUGAAAAACGGUGUCGAUAUCAAUGCUCAGGGCAGCGGUUAUGGAAAUGCCUUGCAAGCUGCAGCAACCGGAAGUCUAAAUAUUGUCGAGGUACUAUACAAAGCAGGUCUCGAUGUGAACACCCAAGGCGGAUAUUAUGGAAAUGCCUUGCAGGCUGCAGCACACCGGGGCGAUGAGUCGAUAUUUCUGUUUCUAAUUGAUAAGAAAGCCAAUGUACAUGCCCAAGGAGGUAGAUACGGCACCGCUCUGCAAGCUGCAGCGCAACGGGGUCGCAGUAGAAUUGUAGACCUUCUUAUCCACAAACUCAACGUCGAUGUCAAUGUUCAGGGCGGUUUUUAUCAUACUGCUUUGCAGGCCGCGUGCGCAGCGGUUCGAGAUCGUGGGGUUGUGGAUCUUCUUGUUCAUAAGGGUGCUGAGGUCAAUGCCCGGGGAGGGAAAUACAACACUGCCUUACAAGCCGCCGCCCUUCGAAACCUCGCCAACGUUGAGCUUUUGAUCGAGAACGGGGCAGACGUGAAUGCCCAGGGUGGCUACUUUGGCAACGCCCUUCAGGCAGCCGCAACUCGAAACCUGGGUACCGUGGAAUUUUUAAUUCUCAAUGGGGCAGACGUAAAUGCCCAGGGCGGUCAUCAUGGCAAUGCUUUACAAGCCGCCAAGGCCAAUGGGAAGAGCUCCAUCGUAAGGCUGCUUCUUCAACAUGGCGCCAAGUGGGGGACUGAAAAUAGCGAUGCCAGCAUAGCCACCUACAUCCCUGCCACUCCAAUUCAAGCUGAGGAUAGAGCCCGCAGUUGCAGCAGCGAACCUUUGGAUCAUGUUUCGUCAAUAAACUCAUGA